GCUUAGAGUAUGCCUGAUUCUUAGAAUUCGUAUGAAUUGGAAAAUCCAAAAGAGUCAGAAUCACCGCGUUAUCAAGCCUUACUCCGUAUGACCAGUGCUCCGCGGAAGAGGUUUCCUGGUGACAUUAAAAGCUUCUCUCAUGAACUGAACUCAAAAGGUGUACGUCCCUUUCCAUUGUGGAAGCCUCGUAGGUCGAACAAUGUGGAGGAGAUAUUGGUUCUGAUUCGGGCAAAAUUUGAUAAAGCAAAGGAAGAAGUAAACUCUGACCUUGCCGUAUUUGCUGCGGACCUGGUGGGAGUUCUUGAGAAAAAUGCAGAAAGUCAUCCUGAGUGGGAGGAAACAUUUGAAGACUUGUUAAUAUUGGCUCGCAGUUGUGCUAUGACUUCUCCUGGAGAUUUCUGGCUUCAGUGUGAAGGUAUAGUUCAGGACUUAGAUGAUAGACGUCAAGAGCUCCCUCCGGGCGUUCUCAAGCAGCUUCAUACUCGGAUGCUUUUUAUACUUACCAGAUGUACAAGAUUGCUUCAGUUUCAUAAGGAAAGUUGGGGAGAAGAGGAACAAGCUGUACAACUACGUCAGUCAAGAGUUUUGCAUUCUAUAGAAAAAUUACCUCCUACUGGAGCGGGAAGGAGUUCAAGUGCUGCAAAAAUCUUAAAGAUACCAUCAUCUACCAAGAAAGCUUUUAGUCAGGAACAGCGUGGUUUGGAGUGGAAGGGGGACGUUGUUGUACGCUCGGUUCCUCCUAUCUCUCCUCCCGAAAAUUAUGUUCCUAAUGAAUCUGAAUCUCCUGCAAACAUCGAUAGAAUGUCUUCCUGGAAGAAACUUCCAUCCCCAGCACUGAAAACUGUGAAAGAAGCGCCAGCAUCAGAAGAGCAGAAUGAUAUCAAACUUGAACCUCCAAAUAUGGUUAGAAAUGGACAACCUAGUGAUGAUACUGCUGUUUCUGUUCUAAACUGCCCGCCAGCAAAAGAUUCUCAUGAACAGUCGCCCAAGCAUCGGCACAAUAUUUCUUGGGGUUACUGGGGGGAACAGCCACUUAUCUCGGAGGAAAGUUCAAUAAUGUGCCGUAUCUGUGAGGAGGAAGUUCCCACUACCCAUGUUGAAGAUCACUCCAGAAUUUGUACAUUAGCUGAUAAAUAUGACCAGAAAGGAUUGAUGGACAGCUGUUAUUAUCAAAUCAUUUUGUCGUAUCUGUAGGACGAGCAGUACGAG